ACAAAAUCUAAGUUCCUUAUCCUUCAGUCCUUGUCUCUCUGCUCCAAGCAACGGAGAUCAUGGUAGCCACACUCUGCUCCCUCAAGCUCCCUCUUCUGCUUCACAAGCCUCAACACACCUACUCCAAACUUCCAAACCCACCAAACCGAAUUACCUCCAAAUCCUCAUCAUGCCCGCAAAAUAUCUUCACUAAGACUCUCCAUCAUCUGAAAUCCGCUUCUCUUCCCCUCACUACCCUGGCAUUACCUUUCUUUUUUGACACAAAGGAUGCGCUUGCUAUUGAUGGGGAGUUUGGGAUUUUGGAGGGGAGAACGCUUUCGCUCAUUCACCCCAUUGUCAUGGGAGGGUUGUUCUUCUACACUUUAUACGCUGGGUACUUGGGUUGGCAAUGGAGGCGGGUUCGGACCAUUCAGAAUGAGAUUAACGAGCUGAAGAAGCAGGUUAAGCCCACCCCAGUUACCCCAGAAGGGACGCCGGUGGAAGCAGCAUCGUCUCCGGUGGAAGUCAAAAUCCAGCAAUUAACUGAGGAAAGGAAGGAGCUGCUGAAAGGGUCAUACAGGGAUAGACACUUCAAUGCAGGAUCAAUAUUGUUAGGAUUUGGGGUGUUUGAGGCUAUUGGUGGUGGAGUCAACACAUGGUUUAGGACAGGCAAGCUCUUCCCAGGCCCCCAUUUGUUUGCAGGAGCAGCCAUUACAGCACUAUGGGCAGCAGCAGCAGCUCUAGUUCCUUCAAUGCAGAAGGGGAGUGAGACUGCUAGGAACCUUCACAUUGCACUGAAUGCAGUAAAUGUUCUUCUUUUUAUAUGGCAAAUUCCCACAGGAUUUGAUAUAGUUCUAAAAGUGUUAGAAUUCACUAAGUGGCCUUAAUUAGAUAUGGAUUUCACUACUGUAACCUUUCUCUACCCUACAGUUCUGUUUAUUUUUCACCUUGUUCUUGUAUGCUACUUCAAUUCUUUUCGUUCUUAACAUCUCCCCAGAUGUUAUUUAUAGUGUUACAUCUACAAAUAACUUGUAUUUGAUGAAUGUAUAAAGAAUAACAAGAGAGACUAUGA